GAGCGAUCUCUGCCUCGCUCACUCGUCGUCCGGCGCGCGUCCGAAACGUUUAGACAUCAGGGGUUUCUCCUCUCUCUCUCUAUCCUUUACGUUACCCGUAUCUCACCGACACACACGCACCCAACACCUCACGAUGUCUGGUCUCGCGGAUCCCGUGGCGUUCGCAAAGGAUUUUAUCGCCGGCGGUGUGGCCGCGGCGAUUUCCAAGACUGCCGUCGCGCCCAUCGAGCGCGUCAAAUUGUUGCUGCAGGUACAGCACAUCUCCAAGCAGAUAGCCGAGGAUCAGCGUUACAAGGGUAUGAUCGAUUGUUUUGUUCGCAUCCCAAAAGAACAAGGAUUCCUUAGUUACUGGCGUGGUAAUUUUGCCAAUGUGAUCAGAUAUUUCCCAACGCAGGCUUUGAACUUUGCUUUUAAAGACAAGUAUAAGCAGGUUUUCCUUGGUGGUGUUGAUAAGAACACUCAGUUUAUGCGUUAUUUCCUUGGGAAUCUCGCAUCUGGUGGUGCUGCAGGAGCUACAUCUUUGUGCUUUGUCUACCCACUUGACUUUGCCAGAACUAGGUUGGCUGCUGAUGUAGGCAAGGCUGGUGGCGGACGUGAGUUUUCAGGAUUGGGAAACUGCUUAACUAAGAUCUUCAAAACUGACGGGCUCACCGGUCUAUACCGUGGCUUUGGCGUCUCAGUGCAGGGUAUCAUUAUUUACCGUGCGUCUUACUUUGGUUUCUAUGACACUGCCCGUGGUAUGUUGCCAGACCCCAAGAAUACUCCAUUCCUUGUCUCAUGGGGUAUUGCCCAGACCGUAACUACUGUAGCGGGUAUUGUGUCCUAUCCCUUUGAUACAGUACGUAGACGUAUGAUGAUGCAGUCUGGCCGUGCCAAGACUGAUAUUCUGUAUAAAAACACUCUCCACUGUUGGUCCACUAUUUACAAAACGGAGGGUGGCAAUGCUUUCUUCAAGGGCGCAUUCUCCAACGUUCUCCGUGGUACCGGCGGUGCGCUCGUACUCGUGUUGUAUGAUGAGAUCAAGAAUCUUCUUUAAAGCGCUAAAACGAUCCUCGUCUCAUUACUUUCACAAUCACAAACAUCGUCAUUAUUAUCCAUACCAUCCGAUUUGAUAGCGAUUCCCAGAGACAGAACACUUGCUGUCGGUAACAUGAACAAGUAAUUCAGGCCGAGGACGUUCGACGUAGCAGCUCGUAAAAUGCAUGAAACUCGGCAAAAAUUGUAAACGUAAAAAAAUAGAAGAGAAUCUGCUUAACUUAUUGCCGGAUUCAGUAUUUUCUUGCAGCGGUUGACAUUACGCGUAUUUUCAUAUUCUAUUAUCGUAAAAAUGACGAAGAGACAAAUAUAAUCGCGGAGGUAUCGCGAACACCUGUUACCUGGAAAACGUUCCACACAUGCGCGUUGAAAUAAAUAGACCGGUCAGGAUAUUAAGUAUUGAAAGUAAUAAUUUCCUAGAGAAUCGAGUCAGCGCACGCGAAAUCGAUGAGAGAGGGGGACACGCGACGAAAUAUCACGACGAUGGCGGGGCGUGUAGCCUGGGCCGCCCCCCGCCCUUAUUCUCGGCCCGUUGUAGAUAAUUCAUAAUUCAUAAUUAAUAAAAUAUCAUUUUAAUGGUAUCAGCCAGUCCAUUAAAUUUUGAUGGACGAUAAUUUAAUUUCGCACUCCAGACAAUUAUGUAUAAGAUGAAGAACGGUUACUCAGAAUGCAUGCAUCUAAUCUGUUCAUGUUAGGAUGCAUGCAGGGAAAGCAGCAAAUCAAUAAAAACGAUAUAAAAUUUCA